AUGACACUUACUCGCCCCGUCGACCCUCCUCCUGCUGAGAUUGAUCUCUCGAGUCUGAAUGCCCGAGACAGGAGAAAGAUCAAAGAGGCAAACAAAAAGGUUAAAGAUCAGAUUUCUCUGAUCGGGAAAAAUAAGAAAAACGCAACUUCCACCGAGGACGACAAAGUCUACCGGAAAACUCUCCUUGUUGACGAUGGAUCUCUUGAAGGUUCAAAGUCAAUGGCGGUUGUUGUGAUCAAUGCUUCUCCCUCCAUCCCAGCACCAGACAACAUGGCCGCUACCACCGUUGAGGAGGAAGGCCUUGCAAGUGACACUUCUCUUAUGAAGAAGAGGAAGGCUGAGGAACUUGGACCCCUGCCCCAGGGACGUCCCAAGAGCACAAGGAAGGGCAGAGCCGCUCCUUCGAAUCUUCCAAUUCCUGAACCUGGGAUGUUACCCCCUAGGCGCCCCCGAGGCAAUACCUCUAGAUUUCGAUCAUCUUCGAACUCAGGACUGGUUGCCAGAGCUUCGUCUCAAGCCGAUAAAGAGAAGAUCGGGAAUAUGUUUAGGUGCUUCCACACCCGUGUUGGGAAGAAGCUUCCAUCCUUUGAUUGGUGGAAGCCUGAUAUCAAGAAGAUGUACAUCAGUCAUUCAUUUCACUCUUCCCAGGCAACUUUGGAUGUGAAUGGCAUUGUGAACUUUUACGAAGAGGAGCUCGCCAAAGUUUCCAAGAAAGUUGCUGCCGCUGAAGGAGAGAUUGAAAAACUGCAAUCUUCCAGUCGGCUUGUGCAGGAAUCUGGUGGCCUUGACUCGGCUCGCCAGGAAGAGAUCGAGAGACUCGAAAGAUCUGGCGAGGAGACAAGGAGGACUUUGAUUGAGACAGAGCAAAAGCUAGAGACUGCCCUUGCUGAUCAUAACUUCGCAAAAGGCGAGAUUGAGCUUCUGAGAUCAGAGCUUAACAAGGUUAAAGCAGCUGCUGAGGAGCUCGAACGCAAAAAUGAGUCUCUUUCCGAACUGAAAGAUCGCGAUGUUCGCAAAAUAUCUCAUGAUGCUCGGAAGGAGGUUAAGGGAGCUGGGCAAAAGUUUCUUCUUGCUGUGCAGGAAUUUAUCGCUGUAGACAAAGCUUGGAACAAGCUUAACUCCGAACGCGAUGAAAUGAAAAGCAAUCUCGAUUUGAUCAAAGAGAUAGAGGACGGAAAAUUUGCUUCUGAAUUUGCUGAUUCCCCUCCAUUGACCGAACCAAACAUUGGUUCGUCCUUGGACGAGAUGGUGUUAACCGGUUCUCCUCGCGCUCAUUUUAAUGAGUUCGGAACCAAUGUUGACAGAAUCUCCUCGGGACGAGCUCAGGGGCUCUCUGAUCAGGAGCUUGUCAUCUCCUCGAUUAUGGGAGACGGUGUUGAAUCGAGGAACGAGACUCCUCUCGAUGCUAGCUAG